AUGACGAACGCACUCAAACCCAUCCUAGAGAGCUUGGAUUAUGCAGAUAUCCACUUCGAUUACUUCACGGCGCCUUCCAGUGAGUCUGUCACACUCCCGGAUGGGCGCAUUAUCAACGGAGUGCCCAGCAUCAACUCGGGAGAGGAUUCUAUCACAUCAGCCUUGCAUUGCAGGCCCUUUGUCGAACCGCUUGUUCCAAGAUAUGAUGCAUUUCUUGUGGCAUGUUAUUCCGCUCAUCCUUUAGUCGGCAUGCUGAAAGAGGCGAUCACAGAAUAUGAGCAGACGUCUUCCAGAAAAGACUCCGCAAUACCGGAGUACCGAAAGAAAUAUGUGACAGGCAUAUUCGAAGCUAGUGUCUUGACCUCUCUCUCCCUCGUUAGCUCUUUCCAUCUGAUGGGAGACGCAAACUUUCAUAAAGCCCAAGCGAAGGACACAUUCGGCAUAGUUACGACUGGGAGCAUCUGGAGAGAUGAACUGACAAGAGCGGUCACAGAGAUGAUCGUGGAUUCUGGCGACAGCGGCGGCUCUACUGCUCGCUUUGCCGGUGUGGAGACCACUGGAUUGACAGCCGGUGAAUUACAUACUACUCCUGCCGAAAAGGUGAGGAGAAGGAUCAGCGAUGCGACAGAGAGGCUCCUCAAGAGCACGCCGCAUCCUGUAAGUGCCAUUUGUAUGGGGUGUGCAGGGAUGGCAGGCAUGGAGGAAGCGGUGCGAGAUGGCUGUAUCAGGGCAUAUGGUGAACGACAAGGCCGACGAGUGAGGAUAGUGGAUGGCGUAGUCGCCGGGGCAGGCAUGCUUGUGACGGCUUGUAAGGCGGGAUUCUGA